AUGAUUUGGUAUUUAUUAUUUUUAAAAUUUAACAAUAGUAGUAAUGAAGCAUCUUUUGAAAUGGUUGAGAAAUUAAAUAUAAAUUUUAAACAAGAACAAAGUGAAUUCAAUAAUCAAUCUUUUUCAGAAAAAGCAAUAAAAAUAGCCAAAUCAGAUAAUGAAGAAGAGUCUUUAAUAAAACGACAAAAAAUAGAUGAAACAAGCAAAAUGAGUGGAGAAACCAUAACAGGAGAAUUAGAAGAACCGAUAACAUUGGAAGAAUUUAAUGAAAUUAUGAGAUUGGAAGGAUUAGAAGGAUUAAAAGAAAUAUUGAAACCGGAUGAAAUAAAAGAAAUAAUGAUAUUCGACGCAAAUAAUGAAAUGAUACAAUCAAAAGAUUUGGAAGAAAAAACAGGAUUUGAUGAACAAACACAAUUUAAUGAAUUAGAAAAAGCAGGAAGUACACAAAGUAUCAUUUUAUAUCCUCAUAUAACAGAAGAAACAUUUAGUUUUUUGGCAUUCUUUUGA